AUGGUCCAAGUUACAACUCGCCCUCUACCACCGCUCGUACGGAUGGCUCCUCGACUCAACAAACGACAGCUGCGAGAACAAGAGGAACUGCUUGCGCUUGACCAUGAUGCACUGAAGGAGGAAACUGACACUAGCGAGAACGAGUACGACCGCGUACACAGUGUCGGAGGCUCGGGGCUCGGAUUCGCGGCAUUAAUGAGUACUGCUGACGCGUCCGACGAGGACAGUGGUGAGAAUGCCGUUGCUCCUCCGUCAAAACCAAAGAAGAAGAAAAAGAAAAAGAAACCUACUGCCGCAACACCGCUGUCUCCGUCUACUCCUGUGCAGCAGCCUGGGGCCAAACCGCAAGAUGAGCACCUGUCCAACGCUGGACAAUCGAAGAAAGAGAGAAAAGUUCUGAAGAAACAGAAGGCAAAAGACAAGGGGGGCACUAUGGAUGAAGUAGACAAGGCCCUUGCGGAGCUCUCUGUCAAGUACCCCGAUCUACGACAUGCUGUCGCAUCUGGAAGUGCUUCUCCAGCAGCCCGUGAGGCCUCCAGCGUUCUUUCAUCUCUGCUGUCCGUCUCCUUGCAGUAUCUUGACAGCGAAGCCGAGAUGCGAAAAUUUUUUGGAUCGAAGGUGGUUUCUGCUGCCAAAUCUUCUGGAAGCGGAUCCUCUUCAUCUUCACGACGCACAGUCACACAGCGUUCCAACCUUACACGUCCACGGUCAACAUGGUGGCCCGCACAGAUGCGAGAGGGCUUAUCUAUCCGCUUGUUGACGGAGGACGAAGUCCAAGACAUGUGUCGUACGCAUGAUUGGGACCAGUUACCCGGAGAGCGAGUGUGGACGGUAGAGUACAGCAAGAAGUAUCGUGGCGUGACUCUCGCAUUCAUGCAAACUGUGAUGUCAGGAGACCCAGAGGGAUUCAACCAGAUAUUGAGACUACUACCGUACCAUGCAGAUACACUUCUACAAUUGUCGGAGGUGUACAAUCACCGCGAAGAGUAUAGUACAGGAUCAGAUUUCAUUGAUCGAGCACUGUUCGCCUACGAGCGGGCUUUUGUCGGAUCGUUCAAUUUCACUAGCGGAGUAAAUCGUCUUGAUUUUGACCGCGUGGAAAAUCGUCCUUUUUUCUUGGCUAUACAUCGGCAAGUCAGUGAUCUCCAACGCCGAGGAUGCGUGAGGACUGCUUUCGAGUUCGCUCGCCUGCUCUAUUCUCUGGACCCGUGGACCGAUCCUCAUGGGGCUUUGCUGCACCUCGAUUAUCUUUCCAUUAAAGCGGGCAUGGGGGUUUGGCUGCUUCAGCUAUGGGACUUUUUUGCUAUGCACGCGAAGGAGCCGGAAGACUUUCAUUCUCGCUUACGGGUCACUGUGCUGCCUGGUUGGUCAUAUACACGAGCCCUGGCAUUAUAUAUCGAAGAAGAGAGUAACAAGGAGAAGACACACGAAAGGAGUACAGCUGCUCUUCGAGAAGCCAUAGUUGCAUUUCCUUCGGUGGUUCCCUUACUUGCGGAUAAAGCAGACAUCACUCUGUCGGCUGCAGUACGAGGGCACAAGGCUUUCCGUGUGUAUACCGAUGCCAAUGCCGUCUCAACCAACGAGGAAGCUAUUCUUCAGACUCUUUGCCACCUAUAUGCUCAGCGCUCCUUCUCACUAUGGAAGAGUGCUUCUCGUCCGUCUUGGUUCGCCCAGACUGUCACCUCCACUCUCCCUUCUCUACCCUCCUCCUUCAACGACAAUUCGGCGUUGAUUGCCCAUUUUACCUCAUUGUACAGCAGGCCUGCACUCGCAUAUUCGAUAUAUCGCCACGUCAUUGUGCUUGAGACAUCAUGUCGCAGUCUGUUCUCCUUUCUUCCCCGCUCAGUCACCAGUUCGCGGCAUCUCGCAUGUGAUCCUCUUCCGCCGCCGAGCCGCAAAAAUGAAUACGAUGCGGAGUUUUUCAAAGGUGCGGAGGACGCCCUCGCAAUACGACCCAGGAGCCGACGGGCGAGCGAGAGAACGCUGGAGAGACUGAUACCGGAUCCUGUAUUCCGCAGACAGUUACAGGCAUUCUUUGAAGCGAAUCCUCAUUUCGCGCGACGCUUCCCAGGCGGGAUCAUCCAGUUUGCUCAGCUGGCGGGAGAGUUGCCUGAAGAAGUACUGGAAGGUCUGAUGAUUGCAGAGGCUGCGGGAGGCAACCAAGCCGAGGGAGGGAUGCCAGGGCAGAUGCCCGGCGAGGGCAUAUUCGUUGCGGACUUCAUCGACGAGGAAGAUGGAGCUGAAGACCAAAACAAUGCUCAACCUGUUGCUGCUGUCCCUCCUCCAGCACCAGCGGUUCCACCACAGGUGCAGGAAGAAGACGAGAGUGGUGAGGAUGACGAGGAGGAGGAGGAUAUAUUGCCACUUCCUGUGCGCUUUUUGAGAACAAUGAUGAACCGCUUCUGGCCCGCCGGCGCUGCUUCUCCUGGCACUUCGUCUUCUGAAGAAAAUGAAGAAGUAGGAGAACCUCUGCACCGUGACGAUGACGGGGUGGAUUGA